AUGGAGGAUCAUAAAUCCCACCACCUCGCCAGGAAGCCGUCCAAGUCGACUAAGCAGUCGAGUCGAGCUUCCAAGAGGACCACGUCCUCACAUGAGCAUGGCCCCAUGGCCAUUGAUGGCCGACAUAAAAGAGUGUGGAAAGCGUGUGAGCGAUGUAGGAUGAAGAAAACAAAGUGUGAUGGGGAGUCUCCUUGUAAACGCUGCAAAGAUGACGGAUACGCGGAAGUCCUGGAGAACACACAAUAUGCACUUAUCGCAACAGUCCAAAAGCUGUACACAAUGGUUCGCAACAACGACUCGUGGGAAUUGGGAGAGCCAGAAUUAAAUGAGAGAGGCCAACCAGUCAUUCACGACAUCGCUUCUCGACUGGGCUGUAUUCGACCGUCUCCCGAUCUCCCCUACGCAUUCCCAGAAGGCGCCGAAGAUUUCGCAGAGUUGCAAGCCCAAUUGCAAGCCCACCGCCCAGAGAAUAACUCCGCCGAAGAUGCUGGGCGGACAUCCCAUGAUUCCUCCACAGACUCGCCAGCUCUAGAGCGCACAGAUCGAGCAAGCAGCAGUGAGAGCGAUCACUCGAUCGUGUCCAAGGACUACAACCAAAUGAUCUGGGCCCAACGACAAGCCGCCGCCAAAACCGCCAUCGCAAAAUCAAAUAGUCUCCCCAUGUCGCGACCCGUCCAUUUAACCCUCUCGCAGCGACCAUCAGCAUCAGGCGAUGAGCAAGGGGCCGCAUAUCAAACGCCUCCUGCCCUCGACACAGCGGCGUCCUCGAACUCCAUGCCCUCACCAAUCUAUACGGAUUUCCAAAUGGACUCGCCCAUGCUCCGCAACGGCUCGCCCUUCUCUCCCUGGUCCGCAAACGACGAUUUCCUUGGCCCUGCACACGCCCUCGAUCUCACGGCCCAUUACAUGCGGGCGCAGCAACAAACGCAAGCCAUCCCUGCGCAGCAGCAACCACAGCAGGCUUUCAAUGGCACGCGGGUUGGGGGACUCGGGUUGGAGCAGAAUAUGUUGAAGGCCAUACAGUUUAGUGAUGGGAUGAAUUUCGCCGAGGGAACCAUCAGGCCGAAUAUGUUGGAUUGUAGUACGGGGAUGGAGAUGUUUGAUCAGAUGGACGUUUUAUAUCAGAGUACGGAUUAUGAGGCGCAGUUGGGGAUUGCAUAG